GAUCAGAAUGGCUGAUGAUGCAGUUUCAGUUUCACGUGACCGCCCAACUUUCAAAGUUCACGACUUUUCUGCUCGUGUAGCUAAUCAGGAUAUAUAUUUUCGAGUUAUCAAGAUGAAAGACAGCUUGCUGUUAUGGAUCAAUGACAAAGCAUCGAUGACUGAGUUGGCAGUUGCUAUGCCAACUAGAUUUGAUACAAUUCCAAUAGCAACCAAGCUACUUGGGCCUCCGGACAAUCUCACCUCCAGUCAACUGGCUCAACGACUAGCUAGACGAACUGGCAAGCUGUGCUUCCUUAGCUAUAACUUGCCAUCUCUGCCAGACACAAGUAAAGAGUUGAUUGAACAGCGACUGCUUGAAGAAAUGGUUACACAACCCGACUGUUUUUAGACGGUAUUGUUUGUACAGUACAGUAACAGAUAUUUUCAUUUGAAGCAACAUGUAGUGACAAAAUACAGAGUG